AUGGCACAGGAGGCGGCGCCGCUCGCACCUCCUGCCCGCCAGACGGCGGUGCCAUGCCUGCACCCCAGCCACUCGUUUCAAAAGGUGGUGGAUGGUCCGGAGCGCGCAGUGGUGUUCUCCGUCGGCAGGCACUCCCCGCCUGGUAGCAGCGACAGAGGAGGCGCAACGGGCACGGCCGAGCAGCAGCAGCAGCAGCAGCAGCAGCAGCAGCAGCAGGUUGCAACGGCUGCGGCGCCCGCAGCAGCAGCCACCUCAGUUGUUGCAGCACAAGGGACGCAAAAUGGCGCGGGUGCCGCCAGCAGCAGCAGCAGCGAUGCACUGGAAACCUUUCUGGCCACCUUUCGGCCCUCUGCGUCCAGCUGCCGCGAUGUGGCCUGGAUUGUUGUGCAGCACGAGCAGGAGCCUCCGGGGCGGCAGCAGCAGGCCGGCGAUAGCAACAGCAGCGGCAGCGGCAGCGUGGAGGAACGAGUGGAUGCUGCGGUGGAGGAGUGGGAGCAGCUGGUGGGGGCGGCAGCCUGCGCCGGGGACCGGCUGACGGCAGCAGAUGUGGAUGCUCUGGCCACCAAGCACCGCAUCCUCAAGGGCAAGUGGAUGCUGUUUGCACGCAGCGGCGCAGAGGCAGACGCCGCGUGGGCUGCCGUGGCGCGGGCAGUGUGCGGCGAGCAGCCGCAGCUGCCGCCGCUGUGCAUGUCUGCCAAGGUCAGCAGCACAGGCCCGGCCAGCGACGGGUCCUGGGUGCUGUGUGCCUACACAGCUGAUUAUACCGACACGGAGGAUGUGCAGCGGGUGCGCCGCGGGUUGCAGCAGGCACUGCCCGCGGGGCUGCUGCAGGACAAGCGGCUGCUGUUCAAGGCGGAUAUCUACACUCACCUGGGCAUCUGUGAGCCUGCAGCUUGCCUGGGGGUUGUCGUUGAGCGGGGUUGGGUGGGACUGGUGGUGUCGUGCUGCCUGGACGGGGUGCAGUAUGCCAGCUGCCAGACGGACACCAACCCUGGCUUCUCCUUCAGCCAGUACUACAAGGCCGACGGUGCAACGCUGCGUGUGGCCAUCAAAGCAACCGUGACUGGGUCAUGGAUUGCGUGGGGGUACAACCCGUCGUCCCCAGGCUUCAUGACCGGCACUGAUGCCUUCUUCGUGCGCCGCUGCUCCAGCUGCCAGACUGUCAACACUCCGGCGUUCAACAUCAACAACAAAGUUUUCAGCAACCAGUUCGGUGCGCCCCAGGUGGUGCAGUACACCGUCAUUACCUCAGGCAUCGACAGCGGCGCCAUCUGGGGCUCCUUCAGCUUGCCCUGGCCUGGCGGCAAUACCAUCCUGAUUGUCUACGGUGGUGGCUCCUACACGGGAGGCACCACAACCAGUCCUAGCGGCAUGAUCAAGCACAGCAGGACCCCCUCGCAAGCCUGCAUCACAAGGGCAGGAGAGAUCGUAGCCACUUCCAACUGUUGA